UCCUUGGCGGACUGUCUCCCGACUCGCCGGCAGAGAGCCCUUUCUGACUGCGAGCAGCGGCAGCCGAGCUGAGGCGGCGGCGCGGGACCUGCAGUCGCCCGGGAUUCCCUCCAGGUGACGAUGCUCUGGUUCUCCGGCGUCAGGGCUCUGGCUGAGCGUCCCUGCCGGCGCUCGCCCGGGAUUACCUGCUGCGUCUUGCUGCUGCUCAAUUGCUCGGGGGUCCCCAUGUCUCUGGCUUCCUCCUUCUUGACAGGUUCUGUUGCAAAAUGUGAAAAUGAAGGUGAAGUUCUCCAGAUUCCCUUUAUCACGGACAAUCCUUGUAUAAUGUGUGUCUGCUUGAACAAGGAAGUGACCUGUAAGAGAGAGAAGUGCCCCGUGCUUUCGAGAGACUGUGCCCUGGCCAUCAAGCAGAAGGGAGCCUGUUGUGAGCGGUGCAAAGGUUGCACCUAUGAAGGGAAUACCUAUAACAGCUCCUUCAAAUGGCAGAGUCCUGCAGAGCCCUGUGUCCUGCGCCAGUGCCAGGAAGGCGUUGUCACAGAGUCUGAGGUGCGGUGUGCUGUGCAUUGUAAAAACCCUUCCAAGCAUCUGGAAUCCUGUUGCCCCACAUGUCCAGGUUGUGUGUUUGAGGGUGUGCAGUAUCGGGAAGGGGAAGAGUUUCAGCCAGAAGGAAACAGAUGCACCAAGUGUUCCUGUGUUGGAGGCAGGACACAGUGCGUGAGAGAAGUCUGUCCCAUUCUUUCCUGUCCCCAGCACCUUAGCCACAUCCCCCCAGGACAGUGCUGCCCCAAAUGUUUGGGGCAGAGGAAAGUGUUUGACCUCCCAUUUGGAAGCUGCCUCUUUCGCAGUGAUGUUUAUGACAACGGAUCAUCCUUUCUUUACGACAACUGCACUUCAUGCACCUGCAGGGACUCUACUAUAGUGUGUAAGAAGAAGUGUUCCCACCCUGGCAGCUGUGACAAAGGCGAGGAUGCUUGUUGUGAAGACUGCCUCCUACGAGUGCCCCCAGAGGACGUCAAAGUAUGCAAGUUUGGCAACAAGAUUUUCCGGGAUGGAGAGAUGUGGUCCUCUGUUAACUGCUCCAUCUGUGCCUGUGUGAAAGGCAGGACGGAGUGUCGGAAGAAGCAGUGUGUUCCCAUCAGCAGCUGCCCUCAGGGUAAAAUUCUCAACAGAAAAGGAUGUUGUCCUAUUUGCACUGAAAAGCCUGGCGUUUGCACGGUAUUCGGAGAUCCCCACUACAACACUUUUGACGGACGGACAUUUAACUUUCAGGGGACGUGUCAGUACGUUUUGACAAAAGACUGCUCCUCCCCUGCCUCGCCCUUUCAGGUGCUGGUGAAGAACGAUGCGCGCAGGACCCGCUCUUUCUCCUGGACCAAAUCUGUGGACCUGGUGCUGGGCGCCAACACCAUCAGCCUCCAGCAGCACCUGACAGUGCGCUGGAACGGCUCGCGCAUCGCGCUGCCCUGCCAGGCGCCACAGUUCCACAUCGACUUGGAUGGCUACCUCUUGAAAGUGACGACCAAAGCAGGUCUGGAAAUAUCUUGGGAUGGAGACAGUUUUGUGGAAGUUAUGGCUGCCCCGCAUCUCAAGGGCAAGCUCUGUGGUCUUUGUGGCAACUAUAAUGGACAUAAGCGUGAUGACUUAAUUGGUGGAGAUGGAAACUUCAAGUUUGAUGUAGAUGACUUUGCUGAGUCCUGGAGAGUAGAAUCCAAUGAGUUCUGCAACAGACCCCAGCGAAAACCUGUGCCAGAACUGUGUCAAGGGACAGUGAAGGUAAAACUCCGAGCCCAUCGAGAAUGCCAGAAACUCAAAUCCUGGGAGUUUCAGACCUGCCACUCAACUGUGGACUACACCACUUUCUACCGGUCUUGCGUGACAGACAUGUGUGAAUGUCCAGUUCAUAAAAACUGCUACUGUGAGUCAUUCCUGGCAUAUACACGGGCCUGCCAACGAGAGGGCAUCAGUGUCCACUGGGAGCCUCAGCAGAACUGUGCAGCCACCCAAUGUAAGCAUGGAGCUGUGUAUGAUACCUGCGGCCCUGGUUGUGCCAAGACCUGUGACAACUGGAAUGAGAUUGGGCCAUGCAAUAAGCCAUGCGUUGCAGGCUGCCACUGUCCAGCAAACUUGGUCCUUCACAAGGGAAGGUGCAUCAAGCCAGUCCUUUGUCCUCAGCGGUGACCUUUGUCCCUCUCCUUAAGACUUUGAAACCUGGUGUCCUUGACACUGAAGUGGAAGAGCCAAUGAAGGACUGCAAUAUUUGUGUGCUGAUUCUGCAAAUACACACACACACAGAGUAUAUAUGUGUACAUAUAUAUAUAGAGAUAUAUAGAUAUAUUCAGAAACAUUUCAUCAUUUAUAUAAGCUAUAGGUGGAUUAUUAUAUGUAUAUUUUUUGCUAUAAGACAUGUAUUGUUUCUAGGAUCCUAAUCUAUAAUCCAUUGGAUACAUUGUAUAAAUAAACCAGGUGUUUUUAAUUUAAAUAAGGCAGCAUGCAGACAUAUUGGAUGGCUUUAACAUCACAUACAGUUGUCAUUUUUAAGGAAGUUUUCAAAGAAACCUACAUUGCCUGCCUGCAUUAAUUUUAGCUUUGAAUCAGGAUUUACAGUUGAGUUGGAAAUAUUUCUCUGGAGAAAACUUCUCUAGGGGAAAUUCAUGGUUCCAAAAACAGGAAUGCAUGCCUGAGAGAGAUGGCUGGUGAUUGGCGACAGGCCCUAAUGGUGCAUGUCAAGCAAGGGAUAGGCUGUUUGGCUUUACUGGGUCAUGGUCUGAUAUUAUUUCCAAAACUGAUUGGCUAGUUGUCAAGAAAUAUAUACUUGUCUCUAGAGCAUAACCAAAGAAACAAAUGAUUUCUUGUCAUCUUUGCAUAUUCCCUGCAGUUCCUAGUUAUGUAUGUGUGUAUGAUGGACACAUCCACAUAUAUGUCACAUGUGAGGAUAUGGUGUGUCUGGUUGACUGUUAGUUCAUUGAACAUGAACAAAAAUUUUUAGAAACUAUUGCACCACAUAUGAAGAAAUACCCACUUCUCAAUCUCCGAGAAAUUUGGGAUCAGCAAAUCUAAUGAAGUGAUGUAAAACAGUCAUAUUUUGUGACUAUUCUAUGUACAAAAUGAAAGCCUUUAAUUAUUUCUAGAGACUUCCUCAACUGAUGCUAUUUGGUGAGUAUUAACCUGUCAUAAUUGUUAGGCAGUGAGAAAGUCUUUACCGACCACAUGAUCAGUCCAAAGAAUGGAAUCUACUUGCUCUGAUUUGCUGACACAUUACUAUUAGUCACCAUCUGAUUUUCCUGACAUUUGUUUUCAGUUGAAUAAGUGAAAAUGUCAACAAAGCAAAACCACUUAUGUCUAAAAAUAAAAUGUUCUGCAUUGUAGUAAAUAAAGGGCUCAAGAUUUAAAACAAAGCAUUUUCUAUUUCAAGAUGUACUGUGUUAUACUUUAUAUAUAAAUAAGAUAAAUCAAUUUCAAAUUUGUUAAUUUGAACAGUUUUAUUUAGAUAUAUUUUAUGUACCCUACAAUAUUUUUAUAGAGUAUUAUUAAUAGAAAAUAGCAACCCUCUCAAUUUUUGGCAGUCAGCAUAUUGCCACUGCUUUUUAAGACACAUGUGUUUCUUUUACAUAUAUUCAUGACUGCUAAAGCACUAACUUAGGGUUUUACUGAGUCAUCUCUAGUUCUUUUAGUAAACUGAAUAAAAUUUGGAGUAUAACAUUGGUUGGUUGGGACACACCGUAAUGUGGUUGUUGUUAUUGUGCUUGGUUUCUAAACUCUCCAGCAUUUACAACCCAUGGUAACUGGGUCAUUUUACUGCUGUCCUUGGAAAGAGAGUUCUGAUUUAGGAGGCUGGUUCCAGGUAUAGUUUGUGACCUUGCCCACAAGGUCUUUGGCCAUGCUAUUGCUUAUCCAUAAUACAAAGAGGCUGAGUAGUAUAAGGGCAGAAAUUAGAAUCAUAGACCCAGACACUGCAUAAAUAAUCAAAGAUUGGAUCAGUAUCAAAUUAUAUGAGAUUACUUACACAGUAAUCUGAGAUACUAAGAGUUCACAAACACUUUCCUACUUGUCAUCUCAUUCAUAUUCCCACUGUUCUGAAAGGCAAGAUAGGGAAAUCAGUUUACUUCUCCUGGUUUGUUUCUUUUUGAUUCCUUUAAAUUACUUCCCAGCUCCUUCUGGAGUUUCCCUCUAUAAGCGAAAGAUGCAGAAGGGAAAUGAUGCAAAAGGGAAAAUUCUGGAUGAUUAUUUAUUGCUCAUUAUUCAUCCAAGAACUAUGUAACUCUAGCCAAUGAGGCUAAACAGCCUCUUACCCAAUGUUUUUAACCAUGGCUGGCCAUGGGAGAUAAAAACACAAAGGUUCCUCAUGGGUGGCUUGCUUACAAAUUUGUGUAACAUGCCUUAUCCAGGGUUUAGUUUAAAUUUUGUACAUUUUUUUUUUCAUUUCUAAUACAAGAAAAAAAAAAGGAGAGCAGGCAGAAGAUUAUUUUGACCUAUUAAUCCAAACAGACAGCUGUCUGAUGGGGGAGAAGAGCAACACCAGCUGGAUGGUCUCUCUGCACAUUCUGCUUUUGGUCAUAGCUAUAGCUGAGCAAUGGUUUUGUCUAAUGAUAAUCUAAGUGAAGAUGUAUCAAGUACCUCUAUGAUAGUAGCCCAUUUUAUUCACAAGGGAUAUUUUUAGUGUGUUCUCAAUGCUAAUUCCUACAGGGUUACAUGACUUGAAAUAAAAGUCUUCUCUUUCUGUCUAGUGUAUAUAACCCAGGUUAACAAUUAAAGUAUUCCAUGGUAUAUACAUAUGAAAUUAUGUAUGAAAGAGUGUAUAUAUGUGUGUAUGUACAUUAAUGAUUAAAGGAUGGGUAAUAUCCUACCUGUAAUUAUAGAAUCCCUACUUUGAUGAUUAGCUACAAAUAUUAGCUAUGAAUAUUGAAUCUUAUGAGGGACAAAUGUCCUUGAUGAAAAACAAGCACAAUUAUGAUUCUGAGUGCAUGUAAUGAAGUGCUUAGUAAAAGUAAGAUUUCCCCUCCCUCUGUGAAAAUAAGAAUUUUUGAACUAGGAAGAAAAAUGAAUCUUUGAAAUUGACAACAGCAAUUUUCAGUGAAAGGAUGGCACACUGAGACACCCCAUCUUUUCAGGUCAAAGAUCUCCCCAUUAACUCCUGGUGUUUCCUGAGCAACUGCUUAUAAGAGCACCACCCAAUCAGAAAGAGAAGGACCCCAUGGUUGGCCCCCAGCUUUCACUGCAUGGAUAAACCAUUUUGACUGGAAAACACUUUCUUAUGAUGAAAUAUCUUGAACAUACAAAAAGGUAUGGAGAAUAAACAUCACCCUAAUUAAGAAAAAUAUCCCAGUAGGUAGUCAAUAAAUUUUUCUGACAUAAAUAAAAUCAAGUCUCAUGGCUGCAGCAGCUCUGGGUGGAAUUUUUCCCUCUUGAGUUUCUGUUCCCUUUGCUGCUCUUUUGUCAUUCACAUUCGUCUGGAUUUGACAAGUAUCAAGGAUGUGAGCUGGAAAGCUCUUGGUGUGGGAGAAAGAGAAUGCCUUAAGGGACAGACGCCAAGAUAUUUUAAUUAGCUAUCUCCUCCAAACAUAACCCUCAGGAGCAAGCAAAAAUAGUCUGUGAUUCUAAAUCCUGAAGUACAAGCUUUUUUAGAAUCCAGAAUUAAUUCUGAAAAUGACAACAGUCAAGUGACCAAGAAUGAAUAAACAGGGAAAAUAAUGCUGAUGAUCAUGCUGACCUUGAAUUAAGAAGCCAGACAUUUCAUCCUUUAAAAAGACUUUUCUGGUUUGAAAGUCACAUUACUACAUUGGGUUUAAUUAAACCAAUCAAAUGAUAAACACUCUUUACUGUCGUUCUCUUUCAGAUUAAUUCUAUUAGAGCCAGCUUUGAAAAGAUUGAUGGGGGUGGGGAGAGGAUGGAAAAUUUACAUAUAGAGAUGAGUCUUAGACCUGAAAGAGUAAGCCUGGCUAAGAAAAUGUGGAUGGGGUCCCAGGGAGAGGGACAGCAAAGCACCAGUGGCA